AUGGUGAGGGUGGUAUCAGGAGGUUGCCACAUAGAUGUGAAUGUGAAGCUGGUGCAGACCAAAUGUCACUUCACCAACCCCAAACCUGAUGACCAAUGUGAGCUGUGGCGACUGGAUGAACGGGGUGCAGUGGCCACCUGCAGCAUUGAAUUUUGGGUGAUGUGGGGCGUGGCCAAAGUCAUCAGACACGACUGCACCACCAGACCAGAACUUGCCAACGAGGAGCUGGUGACAAUUUGUCCCUAUUGCCCCACGUUGUUGCCUCUGGAUGACCCGACAGCUGUGAAGGCGGUGCAUGAUGCUGUGGUCAAGUUCAACCUGGAGAGCAAACAGGAGCAUUACUUCACCCUGAUGGAAGUGGCUCACGUGAGAAUAGGGUCCUUUGAAACCAUCGGCACGAUUACCUCGCUCAUGUUUGCCCUGGUUGAGACCACGUGUCCCAGAGGUGCCAGGAAUACUUUUGUGCCCUGCAUGCCUCGCUGUCCAGACAGAGCUCAUCACGCCUUUUGUCAAACUUAUUACAACUUGCACAGACAAGUGGGAAAACUUGAGUGUGAAUUAUAUCUCCCAAAAAAUCCAGGCCCCCAUCCGACUGAUGUGCCAGAGCCCGUGUGCAGGCCGUUGUUCCACCAAAGUCCGGUAACUUGUGUUUGCAAGGCGCUGCUGAACAACCCCAAUCAGGCGAUCCACCACAUUUGUCCAUUCCUGCUUAAGUGA